AUGGUCCUGGACUAUAGCAAGUGGGGUAGGUAACUACGGAAAUGCCCCUCAUUCCUUUCCAGAUGCUGAUUAGCACCGCCAUAAACCUCGAAGCUUACUAUUUCCUACAGAUGCCUUAGAACUAUCCGAUGAUAGCGACAUUGAAGUGCAGUAAGUAAACACUUUGCUUCCUCUGAAACCCCAUCUUCCUCGAAACUGGCACAAUACUGAUAGACAAAAGUCCAAAUGUCGACAAGAGAUCUUUUAUCCGAGCCAAACAAAACCAACUUCAUAAUGCCCGCGCGGUAAGUCCACUGCCGUCAAAACUACCAAAUAAAUGUGCUGAUAGUGGGGCAGGAGAGAAAGCACAAGAUUGAGACCUACAAAUAUGAACGGAUAAUAAACGAUGGUCUCCUCAAGCGCAUCAACUCUCUUCUUACUGCCCUGGAGUCGCAUACCACCGAAGCCGAGAACAGAAACCCGGACGAGCUAAUAUUUCAAGCAAUCAUGGAAUCAGUAGGAAAUUCCAAGGAUGAUCUCCCACCACCACGACCGGAAGGCGUGCACACGCAAGAAACAGAGCUUCCCACUUACUCGAAGAUGAUGGCGGCAUUGGUGGACCAAGUAAAAGCCAAAGUGGACGAAGAGAAAGCGGAAAAUCGUUUCACGGCAUAUAUCAAGGAAGUAAAUGAGCACAAAACGAAGGUGGAGGGACUACAGAAGCAAUUGUUGCAAGAGCUGAAUAAGCUCGAGAAGGAGGAGGGCAGCAAGAUCACAAGUGAAAGUUAUAAGACGGGAUUUGACAGCUCACAUAUCGCCAAGCCAGAUAGCAAAACUUGGGAGGAAGAGUCAAAAAAGAAGCCCGCCAAAAAGGAGAAGGUCCAGGCCGUCGAGGUGUUAAAUCCGAAGGCCCUCGCAAACCAAACGCCAAUCUUAGGGGAGUCUUCAGGCGCUGACGCCGAUGUCGAUGAGCCAGAUGCUGAUGAUGACGAUGCUGAUAUUGAGGCUUCGGCAACGGGCAAGAAAUUUGCUGCCAUAAAGAUGGGCGAUUACAAAUCUUGUUUACAAUUCAUUUCUGCAAACCCCCAUGUGCUAGCAGAAAAAGAGACUGAUGGACUGUUGGUAAUGGCAUUCAACUCUGCUCUCGCUGGAGCACAAGACGCCGCAAAGCAAUGUGUGCACCAAGCACUUCUACUUCAGUACUGCCGAGCUUUAGGAAAGGACGGCGUUGGAAUGUUCUUCAAGCGGAUCACAACUCAUGGCCACCAAGCCCAGAAGGUUUUCUUCGAUGAUGUCAACAGCACAUACAUGAGAAUUAAGACCAGAGCAAAGGAACUCGAGAAGCAGAGAAUCCAGGAAGAAGCCGAGGGUGCUGGUACUGAACAGAUCCAACUUCAUGCGGUUGAUCCAGGAACUACAAUCAAUAUCAGCAUACCUCCUGAAAAGAGCGAAGAUCCAGCGGAAAUUAAGGCCAGAGAAUUGUUCUUGGCUUUCCCUCCCGGACUCCAACGAGCUCUGGAGAGUGGAAGUUUGGAUGAGGUCAACAAAGUCUUAGGCAAAAUGAGUGUAGAGAGUGCUGAAGAGGUUGUGGCACAGCUGAGUGAGGUAAUCAGUGGUAACUCUCAUGGAAUAGAAGAUCUGCUAACGUACGUACAGGGUGGUAUGCUGUCUCUAGAAGAACAAAUUAUCGACGCCACAACUGAAGAAGGUCAAAAGGCAUUGAAGGAAUUUGAGGAACAAGAGAAAGCUGCCCAAAAAGAAGCUGCUACCCUCGCCUCAAAGUAUUCUGAGGAUCCAGAGUGA